UGCGCAGGCGUACACCACGUACACCGAGGCAUCGAGCUCUCUCGGCUGGAUGCUAGCAGGCUAGUGAACCUAAAGUCUGAAGGGGGUAAACACGCAACGGUGGGGAACAAGGGCGACCCCAGCACCCCUUCAAAAUGGCCGGACAACAGUUCCAGUAUGAUGACAGCGGCAAUACGUUUUUCUAUUUCCUCACGUCCUUCGUCGGACUUAUUGUGAUCCCGGCCACAUAUUACCUGUGGCCGCGGGAUCAGAACGCUGAGCAACUGCGUCUGAAGAGCCUGAGGAGGGUGCAUGGGAGGUGUCUGUGGUAUCGGCUCAGGUUGAUGAAGUCACAGCAGAGCAUCAUCCCAACACUAAAAAAAACGGCCUUGCUGUUUGGGUGGGCUGUGUUCCUGCUGCUAGCCUACAAGGUGUCCAAGCUGGACAGGGAGUACCAGGAGUACAACCCAUAUGAAGUCCUUAACUUGGACCAGGGUGCGUCGGUGUCAGAAAUUAAGAAGCAGUACCGUGUACUGUCUCUCAAGUACCACCCUGACAAAGGCGGUGAUGAGGCCACAUUCAUGAGAAUCGCCAAGGCCUAUGCUGCUUUAACCAAUGAACAAUCGCGACAGAACUGGGAAACGUAUGGUAACCCAGAUGGACCAGGAGCCACCAGCUUUGGUAUCGCCCUGCCUGCCUGGAUCGUUGACCAGAAGAACUCCAUGCUGGUGUUGUUGGUCUAUGGCCUUGCCUUCAUGGUCAUCCUUCCUGUAGUCGUGGGCACAUGGUGGUACCGCUCGAUCCGAUACAGUGGAGACCAGAUCCUCAUCAGCACCACGCAGCUUUUUAUGCAUUUUAUGUACAAAACACCGAACAUGAACAUGAAACGAUUAACCAUGGUGCUGACUGCAGCCUUUGAAUUUGAUCCUCGCAGCAAUAAAGAAGCAACCAUAAGACCCACAGACAACAUCGAAGUGCCACAGUUGAUCCGUGAGUUAGGGAAUAUCAAUGUGAAGAAGAAGGAGCCUCCGUUCUGUUACCCAUACAGUUUGAAGGCCAGGGUGUUGGUGCUUUCACAUCUGGCCCGCAUGGAGGUGUCAGAGGAGUUAGAGGAAGAUCAGAGAUUUGUGGUGAGGAAAAGUCCAGCUCUCCUUCAGGAGAUGAUCAACGUGGGCUGUCAGCUCACCAUGAUGGCCAACAGCAGAGGAGGUUUCCACGCUCCCAGACUGGUCACCAUUGAGAAUUGUAUGAAGCUGACCCAAAUGAUCGUGCAGGGCCUGCAGGAGUCCAAGUCACCGCUGCUGCAGCUGCCUCAUUUCGAAGAGGAGCACCUCCGCUACUGCAUUUCUAAGAAGUAUAAGGUGCGGACCCUGCAGGACCUGGUGAGUCUGAAGGACUCGGACAGACGCAGCAUGCUACGUUUCCUUGGGGAGGAGAAGUACGAUGAGGUCAUGGCUGUGCUUGGCAGCUUCCCUCAUAUCAUCAUGGACAUCAAGCUGCAGGUCCUUGAUGAUGAGGACAGCAAUAACAUCACCGCAGGGUCAAUCGUCACAGUAACCGUCACCUUAACCAGAAAGCGUAUGGCAGAUAUGUUUGAGAAGGAACAGGAAGCUUCAAUAUGUCCUGGAGAAGAAGCUGCCAAUACAGAGGAAGCAGGAGAGUCUAAUAAAGCCAAAACUAAAGUGUGGCAGAACAAGAAUAAAGGGGCCAAGAAGACCGCAAAGUCCAAGAAGAAGAAAUUAACAAAGAAGAAAGCCACACCUGCUCCUGUUAAAGCCAAGCAGGCUAAUGGCAACGUGGCAGGGAAUGAAGUGGCAGCUGCAGCAUCAGCUGCAGCAUCUGCAGCAAAAGAAGAAGAUGACGAAGCUUCAGAUAAAGGCAGCGAGUCAGAUGAAGGCGAAGCCAACAAGGAUUCCCCUAGCGAAAGAGACGAAGAAAGCGACAAACAAAGCGACACCGAGGUCGAUGAGGGGGCUGGAGACGACGAGGAGGAGUGGGAGGCGCUGCAGCAGAGCAUCCAACGGCGAGAGCGGGCGCUGCUGGAAACAAAGUCGAAGGUGACGCACCCCGUCUAUAGCCUUUAUUUCCCAGAAGAGAAGCAGGAGUGGUGGUGGCUGUACAUCGCCGACCGCAAAGAUCAGACGCUCGUCUCCAUGCCCUACCACGUCUGCACACUAAAAGACUCAGAAGAGGUGGAGCUAAAGUUUCCAGCCCCUUCCAAAACAGGCAACUACCAGUACUCCGUCAUCCUCCGUUCUGAUUCCUACCUCGGCCUGGAUCAGAUCAAACCACUUAAGUUGGAAGUCCACGAGGCCAAGGCCAUAAUGGACAACCACCCGCAGUGGGACAUCCCCGACACGGAGGAGGAGGACGAGGAGCAGGAGGACAGCGACGGCAUCGAGGAGAGCGACUACGAGGAUGAGGACAAUGACUGAAGGGGCCGAUGAGAACACCUUUUGGGCCCCUCCCCCCCCCCCCGGAGUGGCUGCCCAUUCACUAGUGACGAGGAGAAGCCGUGCCUGCCAUAAACAAAAACACACGCAGAAUGAAUAAAUCACUGAGGAGAGUUUAUACACUCAGAGCCCGCCACCAUUUUACUUUUACAAUGUCAUAAACUGUGACCCCAAGUCCUGCUCCUGUCUCCCCCUUUCUACAGAGACUUAUGUCAUCGUUUGCUGCAGGUGGAGAUUUCUGUGAAUACUAACGGGCCUGAGUGUGUGAGUAAAUGAGUGUGUGUGCUGUGUAAAGUGAAUGUGUUUGUACAGGUAUGAGAGGAAAAACACAGUUUGGACUAAAGGAGCUAUUAUUAUAAAAUGGGCUCUUUUCCUCGAGGCAGAUAAAUAACAGCUACAUCCAUUUGCAAAACUAACAGAAACAAACAAACUGUACGGAAAUUGUCCCCACUCUCAAUCGUGGGUUUUGAAAUCCUGCACCGAUGUUUUCCACACCAGUGAUACUUUGUUAUACCCUUUAUCUGCAGAUGCGUACAUUAAAGAAGCAUUGUCUCUUUUGAGUGCAGGAGGGGGUAGCAUCCUUUUUUUUUGUUUUGGUGUUUUUCUUUCUUUCCAGCAUCACGCCUGCAUUUGAUUUCAACAUUUUGUAUUUACUUGUAUGUUUAGGGAGAUGUCUGCAAAGAGAAAACUGAUCAUUUAUUUCAAGGUGACCAUUCUGCCCCUGCAACAUGUUUAUUUUCUGAAAGAAACAGCUGUUUGGAGAAGAAGCUGCAGGAUCUUGACGUAUUUUGUUUUUCACUGAGAAAUGACAAAAUGUGCAGUGUUAAGAGAUGUUUGACCUAUAUUAUUUUCUAUUUUUUAUAUGAAAAAUAGAAACCCUCUAAUCAAGUGGCCAGAGGUCAGAAUCUACUUGGGGAUCAGGAGGUCAUAUACUGAAAAUCAGCGCAUCAAAAUAAUGGUAUUGAUGUACUUUUUUUGACUACAAAAAAAAAAAAAACGAAAUUUAAGGUAAAAUGCUUUGAUGCAUAAAUGGGAAUAAUCUUGUAUUUAUUUCUGCAUGCUUCAAAACUGCUACCUCUCUCAAAAAUCUUGCAGCACAUUUUUUUUUCCUGUUUUAUAUUAAUCAGCAGCAGGUUAGACUUUGGAGGUAAAAACAGUCAUUUGUGUCUACCAUGAAAAAAAAUGAUCGGUGCAUCAUGUCAUUUUGAAACCAAAAAACAACACAGGCUUUUGAAAUGACUAAGAAAGCAAUCUAUACUCCUGGCUUUUUGGAGAAGUGUAUUACUUCGGUUUCCUCUUGUUUUUUCCACAGUUGUAGCACAUUCCAUUGUAUGUCACUGUCCUAUAAAGGCCUUAUGAAUACAACUGAGAAAUCACAGCAUCCUCUGGUGCUAUGCACUGGCGGUUCCUGCGAGCGAAUUUUAUUUUCCCCAUUAAAAAAACAUCUAAAGUGUUUCUUUAUAGUAAACUGUCGGUCCACGCUGUGGAGUUGCAUAUCUCUCACCUCGUCAUGAGUUAGUAUAGUUAUUUUCCUAAUUUUUGGUUAAAUAUUUAAAGGCUUGACUGGGAUGUUGCUGCCACACAUACAAACACACACAACUAAACAAAUGCUUGUUGGAAGUUACUUUUGGUUUCAGACUAAAUGUCAUUUUUCGUAACAUAAGCAGAACCAGCUUCCUUUUGACCCUUUUUUUUUUUUUAAUCUGGGGAUUGCAAAGCAAAUGGACCUGUCUUUCAUUUAAAGCUUUUUUGUCUCAGUUAAGAUGUGAUAGCAUGUAUUCAGUUUUGUUUCGUUCUCAUCUUUAUUUGUACACGUUUUAAGAAAAAUCGGAGCUUCAUCCAGCAGCUCUGUAAGCUCUCACUGUUGGGCAGUUUCAGUUCUUACAGUCUUUCAUUAAGAAAGUCUGCACAUUUAUUUUUCUCCAAAACACAAACUGGUGUGUCAUGUUAGUGUGGGAGAAUUAUUGAAUAUUCUGUCACUAGAGCACAGGCACUUAAACAAUACCCCCAUCUGGUAACAGGUCACAGCAGGUGUACACCAACAGGUACUCAUCCCUGUGCAACAGAAUGUAGCGUCAGUAAAUUAUGCUACAUGGGAAGAAAUUUAAACUGAAAAAGCUACAUUGAGGCUCCACCAUCCCUCCCUUAUCCAGGUGACUGACCAGCUGGACGCCUCAGUUUGGACAAGAGACUACCCAAAUGACUAUCGAUCUGCCGCUUUUGUUUACAAAGAAGCCGUCAUUGUAAAUGGGGAAAAUAUAUAUAUAUUAUUUGUAUUUAAAAUCAUUUCAAAUAAAAACUUUUAAAUGAG